AUGUGCACGCGCCUCCAGUUCGAGGGCACGAACGAGAUCGGCGUCGUGUCCAUGCUGACCAACGCCUACGCCCUGACCUGCGUGGGCAACAGCGAGAACUUCUUCAGCGUGCUCGAGGCGGAGCUCGGCGACCACAUCCCCGUCGUCCACACGUCCAUCGCGGGCUGCCGCUUCGUCGGCCGCGUCUGCGUCGGCAACAAGCGGGGCCUGCUCGUGCCGAACACGACGGGCGACCAGGAGCUCCAGCACCUGCGCAACGCCCUGCCCGACGCCGUCGUCGUCCAGCGCGUCGACGAGCGCCUGAGCGCUUUGGGCAACUGCAUCGCGUGCAACGACCACGUCGCGCUCUGCCACACCGACCUCGACCGCGAGACGGAGGAGAUCGUCGCCGACGUGCUCGGCGUCGAGGUCUUCCGCCAGACCAUCUGCGGCAACGCGCUCGUCGGCUCCUACGCGCGCUUCACGAACCAGGGCGGCAUCGUCCACCCGCGGACGUCCGUCGACGACCUCGAGGAGCUCGCGUCGCUCCUCCAGGUGCCCCUGAUCGCGGGCACCGUGAACCGGGGCUCCGACGUCCUCGGCGCGGGCCUCAUCGCCAACGACUGGGCCGCCUUCUGCGGCUACGACACGACGUCCACGGAGAUCAACGUCAUCGAGAACGUGCUCAAGCUCCACGAC